UAGCUGUGGAGAAGACGUCGCUCACGACUCCUACACUUGUGUAGUGCGUUACUGUGUUGGACACAACGCUGUUGGUGUCGUGCGUCACUGUAUUGGAGCUAACGCUGUUGGAGAGGCGAGCGUAUGGAGCGACUCAUGGAGUUAUCAUAGAACCCUGACUGUUCCCGCUGUUUGACCGCAUCCCAGUAAAGUGUGGUAUGAGUUCGUCGCAGUGGUAUCAAUCACUUUACCACAAGCGCUUGCCACGGCGCUUACAGUCAAACGCAGAGGGAAUUGGAUGCUGGCACGACAAUGGCAUCGUAAGGACUGUAUCUUCGGGACGGGAAGAGCAGUAGGUGGGCGAUCCGAAGAGGAAAAACUGUGAGUAAAAUUUACGGAAGCGCCCAUUAGGAGUUCGACCUUGAGCGGCGUGCAGUACCGUGAAAAGGUCUAAUGAAUCAACACUUAACAUUCAAUAGUGUGAUGUACAGUAUCGUGAAAAAAUCCACGGUCCUGGGACAUAACUUUUCGCAGUGUUGGUGACAAAAUCUACGCUCCCGGCACGCAACAUUCCGAGGGGGAGAGAAUACUGAAGGGGAGUGUACUCUCUUGCUUGUACGAAGCAUGGAAGACGGCAAGGAAACCCAGGGGGUGUAGGAGAGUGAAACCGAUUCAUGGGCCAUGGCCUCAAGUGAAGAGGAUUCAAAUAACUGCAACGCUAAAGGGAAAAGAUACAGAAUAAUGUGAACGAAACCAGCUCAAGCACCUCAAGUGAUGAGGAUUCAAACAGCUGGAGCGCUAAAGGGAAACGACACGGGAAAAUUGAGAACGAAACCAGCUCAAGGACCUCAAGCGACAGGGAUUCAAAUAACUGGAGCGAUAGAAGAAUGGAUCACGGACUAAGUCCGAGGUCUUUAACUAACCGGUACGAUGAUGAAACACAUGGGGCACGCAAAUUCGUCAUAUCGGGCCGUGGUGGCCCAAAAAGAUGCAGAGAAGCAGAUGGGAAGAUUUCUGGGUUUUCAAGUGAAGAAGACAUACAAGUCGGGUGCGCAAAGAAAAGGCGGUGUGCAUUUCAAGGCUUACCUGUCAGAAACGCCGUAAUGGCACGAAGAAACACCGUAAGGCCGACGAGAGGGGCACUGGAUCUUCGCGUCGACCGAGGAAACACAGAGAUAGACGAGAAAGGUACUGGAUGCUCAAGUAAAAGAAAUACACGUAUUAAGAGUGCAGAAAAGGGACAACAAGAAACGCGAGACAAGUAUAAGGAUGGAAGCAGUGAGGCCUUGAUUGAGAUGUUGCGUAUGAUGCAAGGAAAACUCCCAAAACUACGAGCGGGCAGCAUCGGAAACUACUGGGCCUUCAAGAGGCAGUUUGAAGAGCUCUUCCUCAACUCAUCAGCUUCAGCUAUGCACAAGCUUAACCAGCUGUACAGUAGUUGUGACUGGGAGGUUCAACAAUUGAUAGUGCACUGCAUGGUAUUACCUGCAAGCCAAGGUCUCAAGAUGGCGCUGGAGAUACUGGACGAAAGGUUUGGAGACAAAAAUAUGUACCUGAACCAGUCAAGGGAGAUGAUAAUUAAUGGACCUGCGAUCAGGGAGACUGACUACAAAGCGCUCUCUCAGUUGUGUGCUCGCCUGACAUCGUAUAUCUCUUCCGCUGAAAAUUUCGGCAAACUGACCGAGAUCGACAACACGUCAACAAUCAGAGACAUCCUGCUGAGGUUAGAUAGCGCUAUGCGAAUCCGCUGGAACGCCCACUGGACAGGAAAGAGAGCCAACCGCACCCAGCGCAUCAAGGACGUUCUGCAGUUUGUGAAGGAGACCAAGAGAGUGGAAAUUGACAUCGUAUUAAGGGGAAAAAGCGACACUGAAUUUCAAAGACUGCACAGGAGAGAGCCAGACUCUACAGAGAUGAGAGGUGGUCCAAGCAAAAGUCCCUCCACUUUCAGCAUGAAACGUGACACAAAACGGCUGGCCAAACCACAGGGUAGUGAAAUGUAUCUAACCAACCAGACCAGGCCUUAUGUGAAGUAUGGAAGAGAGAACGCCGGCAGUGAUAAGUGUCGUCUCUGUGGCGAGAGUCAUACCCUUCCCUUGUGCACUACGUUUCGGUCGCUGCCGGUGCACCACCGCAAGAAGGUCGUGAGAGCACAGGGGAGGUGCUUCAUGUGUCUACAAGGCAAUCAUCUGGUGAAAGACUGCAGAGUACGCCCUUGUGAUAUAAAGGACUGCAAGGGGCGACACUCCAGUUGGCUUCACGAGGAUGAAAAGUCCCAGAAAUUACAUGAGAGUCUAGAGCAGAACGGAGCAGCCGGAAAGGCGAGAGACAUAGAAAAUAAAGAAUGACUAGCCCGAGAGCUCUCUAACUCACACGACGAAAGGCAAGACAAGAACAGCUCUGUCUAUCGUGCCGAUAAUUUUGACACCCGUAGGUGAUCGUACUAAAGUGAGAGUCAAAACGUGUGACUUACUAUAGAUUCCAGCAGUACCCGCUCGUUCUGUUCAAGGCGAAUUGUGAAAACAUUGGGAUUACAAGAAAUAAGAAAGUUGACGGUUAUCUCGACCCUCCUGAAGAAGGAUUCAGGGGAGUCGAAGUGCAUGGAACUCAGGGUCACGGGAUUGUUCUCUAGGAGGACGGCUCCCUUAAGGCUGUCGGGAGUUAUUGUUGUUGAUUAAUUUCCUAGUAGCCCGUCAGAGGCUAAGGCUAACAUCGAUAGGACUGCUCUGUGAUCCCAUCUACGAGACCACAAGAACCACAAGUGGUUGACAAACUGUUGUCGUGAUCCUCAUCAUGGUACACCUUGCAGACAGUGGCCUGGUUCUGACGAUUUACGACUUGGCUAACGAAGGGUCAUCCCAGGCUUUCGGCACCCUGACUCGAAGUCACCGAGUUGCGCACGGCAUGGACAGCCAUCAUUUGACACAUGCAGAGGAACCACUUACGCGAUGCUCUCAAAGCCCCAUAGAGCGGACAACUUACCAAGAAGAACAACCUCUACUUACUGGAAACGCAUCUCGACAAUCAAAGAGUGCUCCGGGUAGGGAGUCGUCGACUGGACGAAUAUGGAGACACUCAGCAAGUGGGCCCGAUACUUCUUCCCAAGGAACAUCCGGUGACAUAUCUCGUCGUGCGAGACGUUAAAGUGUUCCUGGCCAGACACUCAGGCAGAGAGCACACCUUGGCGAGUUUGCAUAGGCAUUACUGGAUGGUGGUGGGCCGGCCAUUAGUUGACCAUGUUUAAAUGCUUUAUUUGUCGACGAGUGAACAGCAAGGCACUGACACAACGACAAGCUGCCCGUGGAGAGGAUCUUCGUCGACAGACCAUCCUGUUUCUUUCCGUUCAUUGUCACAUGCAUGAGAUGUACAGUGAUGCGCUUUGGUUGCAUCUUCACCUGCCUUAGCUCCAGAACAACACGUAUAGAAGUGAUGCAUUCUCUUGACGCCGACGCCUCAACCCCCUCAUGCGUUUCACGGCACGACGAGGCACCCCUGAAAAGCUCUUGAAAGUAUAAACUCUAAAGCUGUUGCUAUGUUGACGAAGCGAAGAGUGGAUUGUAAUGUAUCUGGUAUGUUAACUUAACAUUUGACCGCAUCCCAAUAAA